AUGUACGGAUUGAUCAUCGAAAAUUUGGCAGAGUAUAUUAGACAGGUAUACGGUGAAGAAAAAUGGGAAGAAAUACGACGACAGGCCGCUGUAGAUCAGCCGAGUUUCAGUGUUCAUCAAGUGUAUCCUGAAAAUUUAAUACCAAGAUUGGCAAAAAAGGCAAUUCAAGUUCUUGGAGUAUCGGAAAAGGAUUUCUUUGAUCAGAUGGGUGUACAUUUUGUGGGAUUUGUGGGACAGUACGGAUAUGAUCGUGUUUUAUCAGUACUUGGUCGACAUGUUCGUGAUUUUCUCAAUGGGCUUGAUAAUCUUCAUGAAUAUCUCAAGUUUUCUUAUCCUAGAAUGCGUGCACCCUCUUUUAUUUGUGAAAAUGAAACACGUCAAGGUUUAACACUACAUUAUCGGAGUAAACGUCGUGGUUUUGUCUACUACACAAUGGGUCAAAUUCGAGAAGUAGCCAGGCAUUUUUACCACAAGGAAUUACAAAUUGAACUUGUUAGAGAAGAAGUAUUAUUUGAUACUGUUCACGUUACCUUUCAAUUAACAUUCGACAAUCGAGCAUUUACAUUUGCAUCAUUGGCCAUGACUCGAGAAGAAAAACAUUUACCCAUCGGUGCAUCUGUUUUAUUCGAAAUAUUUCCUUUUUGCAUUGUAUUUGGAUCUGACAUGGUGGUCAGAAGUAUUGGCAAUUCUUUAAUGGUGAUUCUCCCUGAAUUAAUUGGAAAAAAAAUAACUCAUUGGUUUGAUCUUGUUCGACCUUUGAUUGCUUUUAAAUUUCAAUCGAUAUUGAAUAGAACCAACAAUAUAUUUGAAUUAGUAUCUGUGGAGCCGAUAUUAACGGAACGUCCAUCAGACCACAAAAGGAAUACUAUAAUGUUGAGUGACGAUAGUCUCAAUACCCCGGAGGACAAAACGUUACGAUUGAAGGGUCAAAUGAUUUAUAUGGAUAAUUGGAGAAUGAUGAUGUAUCUUGGCACACCGGUUAUGCCAGAUUUGAACGCAUUGAUUGCCACUGGACUCUAUAUCAAUGAUCUUUCAAUGCAUGAUUUUAGCAGAGAUUUAAUGUUGGCUGGAACACAACAAUCAGUAGAAUUGAAACUAGCGCUUGAUCAGGAACAGCUCAAGAGCAAAAAAUUGGAGGAAUCGAUGCGCAAGUUGGACGAAGAGAUGAAACGUACUGAUGAAUUAUUAUACCAAAUGAUACCAAAACAAGUGGCCGAUCGUCUACGCAAUGGUGAAAGUCCGAUAGAUACCUGCGAGAUGUUUGACGCCGUGUCAAUUUUAUUUUCGGAUGUUGUCACUUUUACUGAGAUAUGUAGUCGCUUAACACCAAUGGAGGUUGUAUCUAUGCUCAAUGCCAUGUAUUCUUUAUUCGAUACGUUGACCGAAAGGAAUCGAGUUUACAAGGUUGAAACGAUUGGAGAUGCAUACAUGGUCGUAUCUGGAGCACCAUCUAAGGAGACGGACCAUGCUGAUCGAGUAUGUGAUAUGGCUCUUGAUAUGGUAGAAGCCAUUAAAGAUCUCAAAGAUCGAUCAACAGGUGAGCAUUUGCAAAUUCGCGUAGGUAUUCAUAGUGGAGCAGUUGUAGCAGGAAUAGUGGGUUUAAAAAUGCCACGCUAUUGUCUUUUUGGUGAUUCUGUUAAUGUCGCUUCAAGAAUGGAAGCAACAAGUGAGGCUAUGCAGAUACACAUAUCACAAUCAACGAAAGAAUUACUUUCCCCUUCGUAUAAAGUUAAAGAACGUGGUGAAAUUCAAGUUAAAGGGAAAGGAUCGAUGAAAACAUAUUGGCUUGAAAAACGAAUCUCUCGAAUGAGCAUUACUAAAAGUGUGAUCAAUCAGAGGCCUACUGAAUGGAUGAAUACUGCUGAAAAAUUAAUGUCACCAAGCACUAAUGUGGGCAAUAUCAAUACCGUAACAUCCAAUUCAUCAAAUAAGUUAUUUGAUCGCAUUCCAUACCUGGAAACAUCAAUAAAAACUUCAUCUUCAAAAUUAUCAUCACCUGUUACUCCUUUAAGCUCUACUGCAUUAGCAUCCGAGGAGAGAAGAAUUUAUUCUCCAAUAACUUUCCAGGAUGUUGCGCGACGAUCUGUAGCAAAUUCCCCAACAAAACAUGUAGAUACAAGAGAAAUGCGAUCAAAUUCCGUUGGUGCAGUGUCAUCUUUCACUUGCAGUCCGAAAAAUAUCUUUGGUUCACUCUUGAAUGAUACGCAUGAACACUUUCGGCAACACCGUGACAAAAUGCUCUCCCAAAAUCAAGAAUCUCCCGCUGUUCACAGCCGGCUUGAAACUAAACAUAGUCUAAAGAGCACAUCAUCGGAGGUUUCAAUCGAUAGUGCAUGCUCCAAUAAUGAAAUUCAUCAUAUAGACGGAGUUUCUUUAAAAUCAUUAGGUGAUAGCGAAUUAUCCCGAAACAUACAACUCCUUGUACGACCAGAUCAGUGUUGCCCUGGUUUUCCAUUACCAAAACCAGGAAAGGCCAGAAAUCAGAGUAAUGCUUGUAGCAUUUGUUGAUUAUUUAUAUAAAAACUCGAAAACACCACAAAAUUCAGAAAAAAAUGAAAAAAAAAAAACAUGUCUGUUUUUGCAAGUGAUUAAUUGUUUUGUCGUUGACAGAUUAUUACACCUUUAUGAGUCGUAGGACAAACCUAUCAUUUGUGCUGAUAUAUUAAUUAUUACAUCAUAAUUAUUAAAUAUAUAUUCAUGAUUGUUUGGAAGAAAUUAAGCGAUAUUGAAUAUUCAGAACAUGUUCAAGCGCGGCUAAUUUCAUAAUGUUAGUUAUUAUUUAUUCAUGUUUUUUUUUUUUUUCUUUUUUCAUUUCUGCCCAUCAAGUAUUUAUAACAUUGACCACAGUUGAGGAAUGAAUUGUAAGGUUGUCUAGAUAUGAAUGGAGAAGAUGAAUGUUAUAUACGAUUUAAAAGAAUACCAGUGUAGUGUAUACAAUGGGACUGCUAGGUGGCUUGAAAGACUCUGUAUUUUUCAAGCUCAGCUCAUACAGCCAUUGUUAUUGUCCAGAAAUAAUGUCAAGAUUCCACCUACAUCUUAAUAUAUAAAAUAAUGAAACAAACAAAAAGGCUAAUAUUUUUAUACUACACAUUUGUGGUAUCUAAUUCGAAUCAGUGCAUAUCUGAGGGUUGUGAAAGGUUGAAACAACGUAUUACAUAUUAUUUUUCAAUCGAAUGAAAAUUUCUUCUACGCAGAACAGUGUUCAUUUUUUCCAUGUUUGAAUGGCAAUGUACAUGUGUAUUUUUCUUCUUUUUUCUUCCAAUAACCAAUAUGGAAAAGUAAACUUUGAAUAUUUCCGUUAGAUUGUGAUCACGCGUUGCGUUAUAUGGAUGUUGUUGAUGCAGUCGAAUACAAAACAAAUAGUGAUGUAGUUGUACGACAAACAGAGCAUGU